GCGCAGCUCAUCCCUUGUUUACAAAUACAGGAAAUCGACGUUCCAGUUUUCUAAAUUUUCUACGAGAGGUCGCUUGUGUCGUAAACCCACUUCCCAGAAAUCCUCUAGACACGUUGCGUAUCAAAUUUCUCGCCAGUUUUCAACAGAGAAAAAUCCAUCGAGUAGAAAUCGCUUUCGAAUACGGCAGACAGUUAAUAUGAAUUGCUUCGGUUUAUUGGGCAUUUUAUUAGUAUUAGAAUGCAGAUUCUUGAAAGCACAAUCGGAUGAUUGGAAAAUUGAAAUAAGACAAAUUAAUUCAAAAUUAGCAGAUAUUUCCAAUAAGAUAACGUCAAUAGACAGACUGACAAGUAAAAUUGAUUUCAUAAGGUUGUCUUUAGACUUGGUUAAUAGCAAACUCGAUAACAGUAAAAGAAGAAUAGAAGAGACCGAAAAUAAUGUAAAACGAAUUUCUGAAAUUUGUUUUGGAAAUGAAAAAGAAAUCCAGAACGAGAGAUCAUCAAGUCAAAAAUUGAUAGAAAGUAAUUUAUCCAAUAAAAUAGAUCAUUACGGAAACAAAAUGCUAAAAGAACAACAAAAUAUGAAAAAUUCGAGCGGUCAUCAAACGCUAUUAUUAUACGAGAUUCAAAACAUUACCGUUUCGGGAUUAAAUAAGAUGCUUACGAAAUUGGAAACUCUUCUUGUAUCGUUCAAUCAACAAAUCCAUCUUUUCACGGGAAUAUCAUCAAAAGCAAAAGAUUUAUUAACAAGAUCGAUCGAACACGAAUCGCAAUUAAUUGAUCUGGAAGAAAAGCUUACGGAGAAUGAAAAUUGGUUUAAAAAAUCAGAUGAAAAUUUAAAGACUCGUUUCCUUCAGUUAUGGUCGAAUAUCUCUCUUGUUUUAAACGAGAAGAAAGGAGAUUUAUCUCAGAGAGCACUUUUUCGUUUAACCAGAACCAUUAAUCAAACCGAAGAAAUUAUUAACCUGAUCACCGAAAUGGGAGGAUUACUAGAACCAAAAGUUAUCCACGUUACGCGUUUAUCUGAGAUGAUCAGCAAAAAUUUAAAAGAUAAAACUUCCGAAGAUAUUUCGUCCAUCGCUAACAAUUUAACUACGUCGUUACAGGCAUUAAGAGAUACCGCUCCGUCCAUGAUGUUAGCACUGUCUGUAAAUGCGAAUUCUCUUCUGAAAAAUUUAAUAAAUUUGAAAAACUUGGAUGGUAAUAAAUCUCGAUGCGAAACGGAUGCUAUAGAAGAGAUACGCAAACAUCACGCAGAAAUGUCAAAAUUCAUAAGCGAUACAAAAGAAAAUAUAGAAACACGAGACGAAAACGCCGAAAAAAUAUGGGACGAAGUAAUGAAAAAAUUGCAGAAUAUUCCUCAAAAAAUUUCGGAAGUCGACGACGGAAAUGCUCUGCAAAAAUUGCAAGAGAUUAGCAGAGAAAUUAAAGAGUGUAGAGCUAUCUUGAAUAAAUUCAGUUUUGAUACCACAUUUGGGUAGUAUUUUCGGUUUUUUACGACUAGAAGAAAACUUCGCCGUCAUUUAAAGACAUCGAACUGUUCUGAUCCCACAAAAUUCCUCCGAUUGCAAAACGGAUUGCAUUAAUUCUAUAAUAAAAAUAUCACAAAUCAGAAGAAGUCUCAGAAUUUCUAACUUCGAGAACUGGUGCCUAAUAUCCAUUCCAAAAUUUGAAGUGUUACUUUGCAAACAAUAAGUUAUUAUUAAUUAUCUCAAACAAGUUUUGAAACGUAAUGAAAAUCUUAUUUUAAAAACGUUUUAAGUACUGUAUUAUUUUAAUGUGAGAAUAUAAAAUAUUAUCUUAAAAGUUAGUCUAAAAGAUGGUCUGCUUUUCUUAAUUUAGAAAACUAGCUAAUGUAUAUAAUAAUUCAUAAAAUAAAUGUAUGAAAAUUGCAUGUUCUGUUUGAAUAAGCUUACAUCAAUAUAUUGUAACUUGUCGAUUUUUCAUUUAAUUAAAUUUUUUACAAUUUUGUUAUUUUCAAAUAAUGUAACAAUAUUCAAUUU